AUGCUUCUAACCUGGACAUUUUCUCUGCUGCUGGGAGCAGUAGUAGGAAAACAAAUCUGCUUCCAGAGACUUGGCUGCUUCAGCGAUGAGGCCCCCUGGGCAGGAAUUGUGGAAAGACCCCUCAAAAUAUUGCCCUGGGGCCCCAAAGAGGUCAAUACCCGCUUCCUCCUGUACACCAACGAGAACCCAACCUCCUUCCAGGUGAGCAUGCUCAGUGAACUCGUUGCAGAUCCAUCAACUAUUGAGGUCUCCAACUUCAAAAUGGAUAGAAAAACCCGCUUCAUUAUUCACGGUUUUAUAGACAAGGGAGAAGAAAGCUGGCUGGCCAAUAUGUGCAAGAACAUGUUCCAGGUGGAAAGCGUGAACUGCAUCUGUGUGGACUGGAAGAGCGGCUCCCGAACGGGGUACACGCAGGCCUCACAGAACAUCCGGAUUGUGGGGGCAGAAGUGGCCUACUUCAUUGAAGUCCUUCAGUCGGCAUUCGGGUAUUCGCCUUCCAACGUGCAUAUCAUCGGCCACAGCCUGGGCUCCCACGCUGCUGGGGAGGCGGGAAGGAGGACCAAUGGGACUGUUGCACGGAUCACAGGGUUGGACCCAGCUGAGCCAUGCUUUGAGGGGACCCCCGAAUUAGUCCGAUUGGACUCUAGUGAUGCUCAGUUUGUGGAUGUGAUUCACACGGACGCUGCCCCCAUCAUCCCCAAUAUGGGGUUUGGAAUGAGCCAAAUCGUGGGACACCUGGAUUUCUUUCCAAAUGGAGGGAUUGAGAUGCCCGGUUGCCAGAAGAACAUUCUCUCUCAGAUUGUUGACAUCGAUGGGAUCUGGGAAGGCUCUCGUGACUUUGUUGCCUGUAACCACCUGAGAAGCUACAAGUAUUACUCUGACAGCAUCCUCCACCCUGACGGCUUUGCUGGCUUCCCCUGUGCCUCUUACAAGGCUUUCACUGAAAACAAAUGCUUCCCCUGUCCAAGCGAAGGCUGCCCACAGAUGGGUCAUUAUGCAGACAGAUUUGCUGGGAAAACAAAGGAAGUAGGCCAGACAUUUUAUCUAAACACUGGUGAUGCCAACAAUUUUGCCCGUUGGAGGUAUAAGGUCACUGUUACUCUGUCCGGAAAGAAGGUUAGAGGACACGUGCUAGUUUCUUUGUUUGGAGACAUGGGAAACUCUAAGCAGUACGAAAUUUUCAAGGGCGUUCUCCGACCAGACAGUAUUCAUUCCAAUGAAUUUGACUCCGAUGUGGAUGUGGGAGAGUUGCAGGUGGUUAAAUUUGUUUGGUAUAACAAUGUGAUCAACCCAACUCUACCCAGAGUGGGAGCAUCCCAGAUCACGGUGGAAAGAAAUGAUGGAAAAGUGUUCAACUUCUGUAGUCAAGGAACUGUGAGGGAAGAUGUUCUGCUCACUCUCACUCCAUGUUAG